AUGUCAACUAGUCAAAAUACCCAAUCAACCCAAGACACUACAACCACCUCUUUUACAUCCACUUCCGAUGCCUUUGAGGCCGACGAACUGAAAAGAUAUCGCAGGGACUGGUGGAAAACUGGCAAAUUGCACUCGAAGGCCAGGUGGGAAGAAGCAAUGCAACUUGUUACUGAGGUAUCUUAUGAUACUUAUGUCGAACAUACGGAUAAAUAUGAUAUUCACGGCUGGUGGGAGUGGGAAAAUGGGACC